AUGGAACUUCAACGGCUCAGUUCCUGGACCAUUUAUUCGCGCGAGGAACCAUCGCUGACAAACCGCGACAAUUCCGGCAAUCCGAAUAACAUCGAUUGCCAUACCUUUUUGGGGCCCGGAGGAGAAUCAGCUCUGACCACAGCCGAAGAAGGGCAGACAAAGACCGGGAGGUUUUGUCUCCAGUGUCCCGGGCUCUACAUAUACCACUGUGCCACCGCACCUGUCCCUGUACACAUUGCCAACGGCAUGUAUAGCCUUAUGUAUGUACAGCCAGCUGAGGGUGACCUUACCCCGGUAGACCGGGAGUACUACGUGAUGCAGAGUGAGUUCUACCACGAGCCGCCAGAAAUGGAGGAAGAUGGAAGACCGUCACGACGCGUGGAAUUUUCGUAUCCGAAUGCGUUACGUGAAGAGCCGAGUGUCGUUGUAUUCAAUAGGCAUGAAAGUGCAAUGACAACGGAAAAUCCACUGAAAGCUAAGGUCGGAGAGACCGUUCGCAUCUUUUUCCGCAAUGCAGGGCCCAGCCUGACGAGUUCUUUCCAUGUCAUUGGAAGUAACUUCAUGAGGUAUAUCGGGACAGUGAUGUCCUGA